AUGUCAAAUACUAAUACAAUCAAGAUUGGUACACAUAAUGGCCAUUUUCAUUGUGAUGAAAUAUUUGCCUGUUUUCUAUUAAAAAAUCUACCUCGUUAUGCUGAUGCAGAAAUUAUCAGAACUCGUGAUCCAAAGAUAUUAGCCGAAUGCGAUACCGUUGUUGAUGUUGGUGGUAUAUUCAAUGCUGAACAAAAACGAUUCGAUCAUCAUCAAAAAACAUUUACCGAUACCUUUCAUUCUUUACGACCAGAAAAACCAUGGACAAUUAAAUUAUCCAGUGCUGGUUUAAUUUAUGUACAUUUCGGUCAAGAAAUAUUAAAAGAAUUAUUAAAAAAAGAAACAAUGGAUGACAGUGUUAGAGAGCAUUUAUCAAAAAUUUUAUUUGACAAACUAUAUGAAUAUUUUGUACAAGAAAUUGAUGCUAUUGAUAAUGGAGUUGAUAUUGGUGAAAAUAUGAAAUAUAGAAUUAGUACAAAUCUUAGUGCACGCGCUGGAUAUUUCAAUCCAGCUUGGAAUGAUCCAAAUCCUACCGAAAAAGAGGAGACUGGAUUUAAACAAGCCAUGGAAUUAAUCGGUAAAGAAUUUCUUGAUAGAUUUCAUGAUUAUAUUCAUCGAUGGUGGCCAGCAAGAUCAUUACUUGAACAGGCUAUUGCUAAACGUUUUGAUAUUGAUUCAUCCGGUUCAAUUCUUGUGUUAGAUCAACCAUUACCAUGGCGUGAACAUUUAUUUGAUAUUGAACAAGAAGAAAAAGAAAAACUUGGUGAUAAAAUAAAAUAUGUUCUAUAUCCUGAUUCAAAUAAAACAUGGCGUAUACAAGCUGUUCCAUUAAAUAAUAAAUCCUUUGAGAAUCGUUUAUCAUUACAUAAACAAUGGCAAGGUUUACGUGAUGAUGAAUUAAGUACAAAAUCCGGUAUACCAGGAUGUAUAUUUGUACAUGCAUCUGGCUUUAUUGGUGGAAAUGCCACAUAUGAUGGUGUUUUAACUAUGGCACGACGUUCGCUUGAAUUAGAGCAUACAAAAGAAUGA